CCAGCGCCAGCCGUCGCAGGCACUCAACAAAACGCGCGUAAUAUUACGCUUUUAAAUCGAACAUAACCACACAAAAACUUUUCAACAUAACCUCAAUUUAUUACUACUGGAUUCAAUUCGAUAGGAAAAUUUUAUGCAAUUUUUUUUGUUUCAAGUGUAAAAGUGAUUAAUGCUUAAGUGAUUAAAUACAAUGUAAUAUAGUGAGAGUAAUGCUGAAGAUGUUGAUGAUGCUGGUGCUGGUCCUGCUCGCGAUCGGCGGUGCGCGAUGCGCGUUAGAAGCCGAAAGAAAAUUGUUACGAAUUAAUGGCGAUAUUAUCCUCGGUGGUAUUUUCCCAAUGCACGAGCAAAUCAGCGGCAAUCCGGACUUUCCGUGCGGUGCGGUUAAAGAAGAGAAGGGCAUGCAGAGGUUAGAGGCGAUGUUGUACGCCAUUGACGAGAUCAACGAAAGUCCUGACCUUUUACCGAAUGUCACUCUGGGCGCGCUCAUCAUCGACUCCUGCAGCAGUGACACGUAUGCACUGGAGCAGAGCAUGGAGUUUGUUCGUUCCUAUAUGAAUCAGGAUAUGUCAGAGUAUAAAUGUGAAUCUGGCCAGCCGCCAGUCUACGUGCCUCACAAACCGGUGACAGCCGUCAUUGGGGCGUCCUUCAGCGUCGUGUCCAUUAUGGUAGCCAAUAUUCUACGACUAUUCAAGAUUCCUCAAGUGAGCUACGCGUCGACAAGCACCGAGCUCUCGGACAAGUCGCGCUUCGAGUACUUCUCGCGUGUCGUGCCGCCGGACAAUUUCCAGGCGCAGGCGAUGGUGAGCAUCAUCAAGGAACUCGGAUGGAAGUAUGUCUCCACUGUUGCCGUCGAAGGCGAAUAUGGAGAAAAGGGAAUUGCAUCUUUCAUCUCCUAUUCAGCUGCUGCGGAUAUUUGUAUUGCUGCCACCGAGAAAAUCCUCCGAAAUUCGCGCACCGACGAUUUCGACCGAAUCAUCGAGCGAUUAACUCUCAAACCGCAAGCGCGCGCUGUCGUUCUAUUCGUGGAUGAAGAUAACACUCGAAAAUUGUUACAAGCUUCAAUCAGAGCGAACAGAACGGCGCACUUUCUGUGGAUUGGUAGCGAUUCCUGGGGAGCUAAGGUGCAUCCAGUGCGCGACCAAGAGUGGGCUGCUGAGGGUGCGAUUACCAUAUUGCCACAUCGCAACGCCAUUAAAGAGUUCGACGAAUAUUACAUGUCGCUCAUCCCGAAGAUGGACCGCGAUUCCUGCAACUACAUCAAUAGCACUCUGCAUAAAAAGAAGAACGGCGUUGGCAAGCGCAUCAAUUGUCGAAAUGUGUGGUUUCGAGAGUUCUGGAGCCAGCACAACAAGUGUAGUUUUGAUCCGGCGAGUAAUGGCGAUGGAAGUGACGGCAAUCAACGGAAAUGCAUCGGCACCGAGACCAUCAGCGACUACGAGCAGGAGGGCUUAGUGCCUUUCGUUGUCGAUGCGGUGUACGCCGCCGCACAUGCCAUUCACAAUCUGAUCGAAGAGGAAUGUGGUCAACCGUUCCAUCUGUGUGAGGCCCUGCGCCCAGCUCCCCUAGGACCGCAAGUGCUCAAGUCUAUCAGGAAUGUGACAUUUACUGGUCGUCAACGGACGGAGGUUCGUUUCAACACUGAUGGAGACGCAUUCGGAAGUUAUAAUAUUUAUCAGUAUCAGAAGCACGACGAUGGUAAAUACGACUACAAUCAAAUCGGUUCUUGGAAAGAAUUGGCCCCAACGAGGGGCAAAGAAAUUUCCUCCACUCCACUUACAAUGCAGAAAAAAUUGGAUCUAAACGUCGCUCAACUGCAAUGGCGCGAAUCGGACACAAUCCCGACCUCCACGUGUAGUCAUCCCUGUCCAUCCGGACACAUCCGGAAUUAUCAAGAUCAAUGCUGCUGGAUAUGCGUGGCGUGCCGUGAUGAUGCGUACGUGUACAACGACACGUGCAAAUCGUGCGCGCCUGGAUGGGCGCCCAACGUGAACAAAACCGACUGUGUGAAGCUGGAGGCGCAUGUUAUUGACUGGUUGGAUCCAUGGGCGUUGGUGCCGCUAAUCUUCAGUGCGGUGGGCAUUUUGGGAACGAUCUUCACCGCAUGCGUUUUCAUCCGGUACAACCGCACGCCUGUAAUCAUGGCGUCUGGCCGCGAGUUGUGCUACGUGCUACUGAGUGGCAUCCUCUGCUGUUACUCAAUGUCCUUUAUUAUCCUUGCGAAACCGACGGUUGAAUCCUGUGCCGUUAUGCGGAUUGGCCUCGGGCUCUGUCUGAGUAUCUGCUACAGCGCGAUCUUCACCAAGACGAAUCGUAUCUCAAGGAUCUUCAAUCGUGGGGUCAAGAGCAUCAAACGUCCGGUUUAUACCUCGCCUAUUUCUCAGGUUGCCAUUGCGUUAGGAAUUGUUUCGGUGCAAUUGAUCGGGGCCAUUGCCUGGUUGAUUGUGGAUAGACCAGAUGUGCGUGAGAUUUAUCCCUAUCCGCUAACAGCAGUGCUCACAUGUCGUGUGUCAACGUUUGCGUUGAUUAUGUCGCUCGUGUACAACAUGAUACUCAUUAUUUUGUGCACGUGGUAUGCGUUCAAGACGCGCAAGAUUCCAGAGAACUUCAAUGAAGCAAAGUACAUCGGCUUCACGAUGUAUUCGACGUGCAUUGUUUGGCUGGCAUUUUUACCCAUCUAUUUUGGCACAAACAACGACUACACGAUUCAAAUCGUCAGCGUAUGCAUGUGUCUGAACAUCAGCGCAACAGUGGCCCUCGGCUGUCUAUUUACGCCGAAAGUUUAUCUGGUGCUCUUCCAGCCGUACAAGAAUGUCCGACAAGGCAACGGCAACCAGGGAGGCGCCACCGAGCGACCGGCGUACAGCAUGCGGUUCGCCGGGCCGCGCUCGCAGACCGUGCAGUCGAUGACGAGCAAUUCGCGCUCGCCGAAAUUGGGCCAGCAGCAGCGGCAUGCCAACGGCGAUCCCAACGCUCUCCCAAGCCCCAGCAUAGAGGAGAGUUCCCUCAGCUAAAUCCCGAAGCGCUUCAAUUGCCGCCGGCAACGUCGCAAGCGACACGCUACGCAACUGUGCGUCACGCAUCAGACGUCACGUCCGGAGACGCUCUUACAUCAACAAGCGCCGCAAGGAUUGAACGCCAUCGAUGAUUUGCUCGAAACUGCAGUAUAGCACACUAUGUACUUCACUUUCGACAUCAAAUCAAAUCUUAGCAUGUACCUAAUAACUCCCAACACACGGGAGCUAUAAAAUUACUUAAAAUACUCUUUGACAUGUAGCGAUAGCGGUUGAAACAAGUCUUCUUGAUAAAAAGAGUCCAAAAGCAUUUCGUUUGCAAAAUUAUCUCGGAUCUGUUACUUCUCGUCCAAAGCGGAGUAUUGGAUUCGACGUUGAGCCCUUUUUGCAACCGGGACGCGUCCGGGGAUGGUAUUCCAAGACGAUUUGUUUCGUCCAAAUUACACUACAUAAAUUAAGACUGCAACAAACUCUUUCUUGUACACAUUGUAAAUACAAAACAAUUAAACAGAUGUAUAUAUUCUAGCGAUUGGACAAAACGAACUUCCUUUACAUUUUAAGUAGAACAAUCAAUAUAUCUACCUAUAUACGAAUAAAAAACAGAUAGUAGUAAUAUAAAGCAGUAUUAUUACAAAACUAAAAAUACUCGUAAUUUCACAUCACGCUUAACCAACAAGAAAUCGUUUUGUUCCUAUUUGUAUAUAACUUCGUGCCUAUUCAGAGUACAUAACCUAGUCUAAGUCAAACAUUAGCACAAAGUGUUCGAUACAAGUUUUGACUAUAAGCUGUUAUCCAUGGCCGACUCAUUUCUUACGUAGACGAAAAUAUCGAUCGUAUCAUUUUGUAAAUUGCAUUUUAUCGGAAAUCCUGCGACAGACAGGGUUUUACUUGACGAGCUGGGGUGCUAACUGUAAACACAAUAAAACAAAUACUCUUCGGUGUCUAUGGAAUGAUGAUUUGUCAAUGUUUUAAUCAACUCUAAGUCGAACGUAAUAAGUAAUCGUGUCUAACAUGUAUGAAUGUCAAUUUUUAGAUAAAUUAUCUAACGACUCAAUUUUACU